CAAUGGUGCUGCAGCAGGAAGUGGCUGGGUGGGGUGAGGGGAAAAAAGAAACAGAAAGAGAGAGAAAGGGAGAAGGACGAGAGAGGGGGCGAGAGACGGAUCAAGACGCGUGGGCAAACGCUUCAAUCAUCCUUCAGCUCAGAUUCACAGAUCACUAUGACCUUGUCCAGUAGCAUCUCUGCUUCAGUGCAGCAGGUGUUCCCCUUCCAUGACGGCUGGAACGUUGCCUGCUUUGUAAUCCUCCUCCUCUUCAUCUUCACCGUGCUCUCCCUCGCUACUCUGGCUUUCCUCUAUGAGCUGCUCGACUGCGGCUGCUUCAACAAAACCAAGACCGCUCACAACCGACACAACACCAGUGACGAAAUCGUAUAGCCGUGGCAACCGCUACGGAAACACGCACCACGAAUGACAGACUCUGGCCACAAUGAGGCGUCAGAAUACAGACUAAAAAUAAUGAACACAUAAUUCUAUGACUGUGUGACGUCCUCCAUGUGAUGUAAAUAACAACAGCAUGCUUAAGUGGCAUUUGUCCGUCUCAGCCGCUAAUAAGAGUGCGCUAAAUGUUAAUAUCUAUGUAACGUAGACCGCGAUAUCCACAACACAGAUGUUAAAAUAUCACGUCAUUCUACACAAGAAUAAGCAGCAGCAGCUUAAACCUUUAAAAUCUUUCAGCCAAUGAGCGUAUUGUGUAAAAUGAUGCCGAGAAGUCUUUUACUUCAUUUAUUUAUCUUUUGUUUUAGCAUAUCUGUGUGCACUCUGUCCCCCGAUCGCACUCCUUUAAAGCCAACAAUGAUUUCUAUAUAUAAAGUCGUUGCACUGUGAGCUCCAUCAGUGCUGCACGCUGUGCAUCAUCCCCACUUGGGUGACUUUCGAGGAUGGCAGUCAUAGCUAAUUUAGCGGAUGAUCUGGACACGACUGAGGCUGGAGUGGAACAUGGCAGUUCAUCUCCCAGGUCAUUAGCACCCUAGGGGGGGAUUUAAAAACAAAAAACAAACAAAAAAAAACACCCACAACAAUAACAACCCUCCCAGCUGUGGUUCCUGUAUGAAGAGCAACUCUGCUGAAAGACAAGAUCUUUAAAUUUUGCACAUUUAUUAUAUAGCUUUAUUUAUUUUCACAGUGUUUACCGUGUAGCCUGAAGCUGCGAAUGUAUUUUGUGCAUGUCCGUGUGAGAUCUGAUUCAUUCUUUGCUGUUGUUCGUCACUUAAAUGCACUAAUAAAACACAUGAUGUCCUGACUCUUGUAGACUAGCAACCUGUAUUAUGAAACGCUGAGGACUUCUUUUUGUAAUAAUACCAAAUUAAACUGCCAUGGUGAGACCCUU